GGCUGAGUGAAAGCGCUUUACGACACUUAACGACGGCAGUUGGGUGUCAUGGCGGCGCACGGAGUCAGUUUUGAGAGUACGAGCUACAUCGAAGAAAGAAAGGAUAACAAACGACAGGCACGAGAGGAGGCGAUAGAAAAGGCCAAGCAGCAGUAUGAUAAGGAAGAAAAGAGGAAGGAGCUGAAGAGGCUGAGAGGAGAGGACACUUGGAUGCUCCCUGAGAUCAACCAGAGGCUGCAGGACAUAGAGGAAGUUGAGUCUGUGAAGAGCAAGAAGAAGAAAGAGAAGAAAUCUAAAAAGAAAAAGGAAAAAAAGAAGACCAAGAAGGAGAAGAAGACGACAACAGAAGAUGGCUCUGAUGACAGCUCAGAGGACUCGGGGGAUGAGUGGGUUGAGGCUUCAACUCAAGCUGCCAAAGCCUGGAAGGUUCCUGCUGAGUCCAAGCCUUCAGAGAGCAACCUCAACCCUGCACACAAUGUCCAGAGAGACGAAUGGAUGACCUUCGACUUUCUGGCCAUGAAAACCACGUCGACAGCGGAGAAGAGGGCAGAGAAAGAGCGGCUGAAAGAUGAGGAGAGGGCAAAGGCUCAAGCCAUUGAACAGGCUGGUUUGCACAAAUUGGAGCUAAACCCAUACUGGAAAGAUGGAGGAACUGGUCUGCCCCCGGGGGAAAUGGCUAGCACUGCAGCUAAGAAAGCAGGGUCCGUUGUAAACGAUGCUGGUCUGAGCUGGCUGAGGAAGAGCUACCAGAGGAUGCAGGAGACUGCGGAGAGGCAGCAGCGCAGUCUCAACGAUGUGGUGGCCGAGCGAUACGGAUCAAUGGAGGAAUUCCAGCAAAGACUGGCAGAGGCUGAGAAAGCAGUGUAUGGACAAAGCAGAGGUGGUGAAAGUGACCGAUCCGCGAGAGGGGGGUGGAGAAAAGGCGGGAAUGAGGCCAGAGAGAGAUGGAGGAGAAAAGAUGGAGAUGGGGAAGAGAGGGAGCGUUGGAGAAGAAACGAAAGGGAUUCCUCACCCACAGACACAGAGAGAUGCCAUGGUGGUAGAGGGGAGGACAGGGAGAGGGGAGGACAUCGAGGCAGACAGAGAGGUCGAGACGAAGACCGGUUUAGAGAUAGGUAUGAUGAAAGAGAUGAUGAAAGAGACAGGGACGGAGGAAGAAGCAGAGAAAGAGAUGAUGGCAGAGAUAGGGACGGCGGAAGAGGCAGAGAGGAGGAUGAAGGAAGAGACAGCAAAAUGGAGAGGGAUGCAGAGAACAACAGAGAAAGAGAUGAUGAACAAGAGAGUGACAGUGACAGUGGAAAGAAUAGAAAGAAAAAUAGAGAAAGUGCUGCGUCAUCAUCUGGUCAAAAUUGGGGCCAACGUCCUCCCUCGCUUGGCUCGCUUAAAAGCCGCUUCCUCAAGCCCUCCGAGGAUGAUGACCUCGGUGAAGCUCCACAGCGGCGUCCUCCCCGUGCGCCGCCGUCCACGGGAUUCCUGAAGCCGCGCUCCGACGACGAGGACUCUGGUCCACGUGGUGGCAACAGGCCGGCCCGGGAGCAGAGCGGCCAUCCCGCUCGGGAGUCUGAGGAGAAAGAGAGGGGUCCUGGGAAAACCAUCACGGCUCCUCACGACGGGGCGCGCGGGGGAAAAGCUGCCGUGACGACGUCCAGGAGUGACAGUGAGGAGGAGGAAGAAGAGGAGGAAGAGCUUCCACUGCUGUCAGAGGAGGAAAUGAACCGACUGGGAGCCAAACUGGUGAAGGCGGAGAUCAUGGGCAACAUGGCCAUGGUUGAGAAGCUGAAGUCACAGCUGGACGCGGCACACAAAGCCAAAGAGAACUACGCCGCCCGGAAGAUUCUGCAAGACGCGGCGAAAUCAAAGCAGGUCACAGUUGACGCAAGUGAAGACCAGGAAGUCCUGCUGUUCAGAAGCGACCAUUCGGGUCGCGCCUGGCCUGUCAACGACCCCUCUGGACCCCAGGAACCCCGCGGAGGCCGGCGGAAGAAGAAAGCGAUUGAGACCCAUGUCGACGGGGAGCGCGUGCGCUACUUCCAGGAUGAUGACAACGUGGGUCUGAAGGAGAUGGUGAGGAGGGAGAAGAUGAGCACUCCACAGGAUCAGACCGCCCUCUACGCUCGCAUGGCUUCCAAGAUGAUGGGCAAGACGGACGGUGACAACUACACGCUGGACGACAUGUUUGUGUCGAGCGCGGCGCAGCGGGAGGGCGAGGGGAGGGAGGAGGAGAGGAUGAGGAGCAGAGCCAUCGGGGAGAGCAGGAGGCUGGCCGCCUGCAUGGAGAAAUGCCAGCAGUGCUUCAGCAGCCCAGAGCUCCAGAAGCACCUCAUAGUGGCGAUAGGGAGCAAGGUGUACUUGAGCCUGCCUGCGGGAUUGUCGAUGGCCGAGGGCCACUGUCGGAUCUGUCCCCUCCAGCAUCACUGCUGCGCCACCGGAUUGGAUGAGGACGUGUGGUCAGAAAUGCAGCUUUUCCGGCGAACUUUGGUGCAGAUGUUUGAGUCCCAGGAGCUAGACUGUGUGUUCAUGGAGACGCACAUGAACCCGCGCAGAAGACAACACAUGGUCCUGGAGUGCAUCCCACUACCCCAAGAACUGGGCCACAUGGCGCCCAUAUACUUUAAGAAAGCCAUAAUGGAGUGUGACGAUGAAUGGGCAAUGAACAAGAAAGUCAUCGAACUCUCUUCCAAAGACAUCCGCCAUUCUGUUCCUCGAGGUCUGCCCUAUUUUGCUGUCGACUUUGGACUUCAGGGAGGGUUUGCUCACGUCAUUGAAAAUGAACAAAAAUUCCCCCAUUACUUUGGCAAGGAAGUGGUAGGAGGUAUGAUGGACUUGGAGCCGCGGCGUUGGAGAAAGCUGAUCAGAGAGAAUUUUGACGACCAGAGGAAAAAGGUCCUCCAGUUCUCUCAGUGGUGGAAACCGUACGACUGCACCAAGACGGGCUAGAUGGACACAAAGGGUUACACUAUGCGGAGUAGUGAAGAUUACACACACACACACACGCACACACACACACUGGUGCGGACACUCUGGCAACUAUGUAUUCUGUCUUUGAUGUACGAUUUCUUAUAUUAAACACUUUUAAUUGAAUAAAGAAAUAAAACAACAGUGAUUUAGAUUUUUGUUAU